CAUGCGCGUUCUCGGCGGCCGAGGGGCCGCGGUGGCUGCCGGGACUGGGCUCCGAACCCGCGGAUCAGGAAGUGGCGGUUGGAGCCCGGGGCCGAGUUGCCGCCUGAGACGCCGCCGCCGCCGCCGCCAGUGCGUAGACCCCGACCUGGCGGGGUAGCGCUGGGCGUGCGGGCGGGCGAGCGGGGGCGCCGACGACGAGCAGGAAGCGGCGGCCACGCGGGCGUGUGCGGCUGGUCGAGGAGGAGGCUCUGGGAGGCGGCGGCCGGGCGCGUGGGGCUGCCCUCCUGGCUCAGCAUUAUGGAUCCAAGUCUCUUGAGAGAACGGGAGCUGUUUAAAAAACGAGCUCUUUCCACUCCUGUAGUAGAAAAACGUUCUGUAUCUUCUGAGUCAUCUUCAUCAUCAUCAAAGAAGAAGAAAGCGAAGCUAGAACAUGGAGGAUCAUCAGGCUCUAAACAAAAUUCUGAUCAUAGCAAUGGAUCAUUUAACUUGAAAGCUCUAUCAGGAAGCUCUGGAUAUAAGUUUGGCGUUCUUGCUAAGAUUGUGAAUUACAUGAAGACACGGCAUCAGCGAGGAGAUACACAUCCUCUUACUUUAGAAGAAAUUUUGGAUGAAACACAACAUUUAGAUAUUGGACUCAAGCAGAAACAAUGGCUAAUGACUGAGGCAUUAGUCAAUAAUCCCAAAAUUGAAGUAGUAGAUGGAAAGUAUGCCUUCAAGCCCAAGUACAACUUGAAAGAUAAGAAGGCCCUACUUAGGCUUUUAGAUAAGCAUGACCAGCGAGGCUUAGGAGGAAUUCUUUUAGAAGACAUUGAGGAAGGACUGCCCAAUUCCCAGAAAGCUGUCAAGGCUUUAGGGGACCAGAUACUAUUUGUAAACCGUCCUGAUAAGAAGAAGAUUCUUUUCUUCAAUGAUAAGAGCUGUCAGUUUUCUGUGGAUGAAGAGUUUCAGAAACUGUGGAGGAGUGUCACUGUGGAUUCAAUGGAUGAGGAGAAAAUUGAAGAGUAUCUGAAGCGACAGGGUAUUUCUUCCAUGCAGGAAUCUGGACCAAAGAAAGUGGCUCCUAUUCAGAGAAGGAAAAAGCCAGCUUCACAGAAAAAGCGACGGUUUAAAACUCACAAUGAGCACUUGGCCGGGGUGCUGAAGGACUACUCUGACAUCACUCCUGGCAAGUAGUGAACAGUUUUGUCUGAGAGCAGAGUUACAAAGUCAAGAUCUUCCUUGUUGACGCUGGGAUCUGAAGACUGACCGUCUUCCCAUUCUACUUCUUAGGACCAAGGACAGGAGCAGUUCAGUUUACAGAACUAGUGCAAAUUACCAAACUCGAAGCUUAUUUUCAUUAAUGGGCUAAUGAGAAAUGUUAUGUCCCCUGUUAACCUCCUGUUACUUCUUGGGGGAAAGGCGCUCAGCAUGGCAUGCAGGUGUCUUUGCUAUUUAUCUCUACUUCUAAGUGGUUCCUGGUUCCAUUUUCCCUUUCAUUACCUUAGAACAAGUUUGCCGAUAGUCUUGAAUGCAGUAUUUGUUUAUUCCAAAAGAGCAUAUUUAUAAUAAAAUCGUUGUAGAAGGAGCUCU